CUGAGAGAGAACCUAGAGAAAACCGAUUUGAAUUGCCAGUCUCAACUGAGCGGGCGGAGUGGCACCGCGUCUUUGUUCAAUAUCGGCUUGACACAACUGAAAUAAAAUAAUACCUCAACAAUGCCUUCGCGACAGUUUCCCGGAUUGGAAGUCUCAUGUCUGGGGAAUGGGAUAGUGAUGGACCAGUGUGGCUCCUAUCUGAAGAGGAAGAGACAAGACAGUGAGCAGUUGUCAACUACCUGCAGUCUGGAGUACACAGAUUUAGAGGCUGCUGAGGUUCUGGUCUGCAUGAGUUCUUGGGGCCAGCACCGCCCGAACCCCUUCAAACCCAGGCCGCUCACUCCUGCCUCAGACUCAUGCGACUCCAUCCUGGCUCCGGACCCACCAGAGCCCCACAAGGACUUUGUCUCACUCUCCUCCCUGUGCAUGACUCCUCCACACAGCCCCAGCUUUGCAGAGACCUCCACCAGCACCUCCCCUUUGAGCAGGCCCAGCUCCAGCCUCUCUGCAGGGAUCUGCAGGGUCCCACAGUCAGCCAUGAUGACCAUCGCCGAGUCCCCAGCCACAGGAAAGGUCCCAGCACCCUGUCGAGCCAUGGCCACCAGUGUAAUCCGUCACACUGCCGACACACAGCCCUGCCAGCACAUUCCAGCCUCCCCCACAGAGCAGCCCAGACCCUGUUCACAGCACACAGUGAAGACUGAACCGAGCACACCUCCAUCAGCCCCCUUCACACCCAGCCCAGCCCCCUCCUCCUGUAAGGAGGCGCCAGUCAAGUCUGAGAAGGACGAGCAUCAGACUAUCCACUGUAAGGAGAACGGCCCUCCGGUUAAUGCCCCUCUUCAAAACAUCUCUCCCCUCCGUCUCUCCCCGUCCCCCAACCCCAGUCCUCCAAUCAUUUGCCAAAUGUUCCCGGUGAGCAACAAAUCGGGGGUGAUCUCGGCGUUCAUCCAAGGCCCGAUGCAGACGUCGGCGAGUCCCACGUCCAUCCUGCCCCAGCCUGGCCCUCCAGGAGCCCUGCAGCAGCCCUUCCUCAUGGGUCAGGGGACGGUCAUGCUGGUCCUCCCCCAGGCCAGCGUCUCUCAGGCCCCCCACUGCUCCCCACAGACAGUCAUGACCCUGGGGCACACCAAGCUUCUACCUCUGGCCCCCGCUCCGGUAUAUCUGCCCACCGGGCCCUGUGGCUCCACCAAGAUGGACUUCUCACGCCGGAGAAAUUAUGUGUGCAACUUCCCUGGCUGCCGGAAGACCUACUUCAAGAGCUCCCACCUGAAAGCACACCUUCGAACACACACAGGUGAGAAGCCCUUCAGCUGCAGCUGGGAUGGCUGCGACAAGAAGUUUGCACGCUCCGAUGAGCUGUCACGCCACCGCCGGACCCACACAGGUGAGAAGAAGUUUGUGUGUCCUGUGUGUGACCGACGGUUCAUGCGCAGCGACCACCUGACCAAACACGCCCGCCGUCACAUGACCACGAAGAAGAUCCCCUCCUGGCAGGCCGAGGUCCGCAGCCUCAACAAAAUGGCCGCUCCCAAGCCACUGCCGGCCAAACCAGCGCCAUUGUCUGUCAGUGUGCUGGUACCUGCCUCAAACUAAACUACGUUCAGGCUACCCCUUAGUGACUUCAUAUCCAACCCCAAUGCUAAGACAGGGAUGGGCCAGCCAAGCACACACGGCUGCCUUUUUACUCAUGGAAAUGUCUGCGGACAGGCACUGUACUCUUCCUCUACUGCUCAUUUGUACAUCUUUUUCUUUUUGCAAAAGCAUUUUUUUUUUUACUUUUCAGAUAUUUUACAAAAUUGUAUGUCUGUAUGCACUCUGCCAAAGCCUUUGUAAUGAACUUAAUCUUACACAUUUCAUCCAUCUUUUUUGUUUGUAUAUUUGUACAUAAUAUCUUUGUGGAUGUAUUGUGCUUGUAUUGUAUUCUGAACUGCAUUUAUUGAUUUGGGGAAAUGUUGUAAUGUGUAAAACAAUCUACAUGGAUAGUAAUCUACUGUGAUAUUUACCUAUUCUAACUUUUCAUAUUAUUUAAUACACAUUUGUAAUAAAGAAAACAA